AGUCGGAAAGUCCGAGGCACCGACUCGCAAAUAGUUGACGAAGUUUAGGGUGCGAACCGCGAAUCGAGUCGUGCGUGAACACGUCCUCUGCUAGAUCGGUGGUUCUAAGCAACGAGAGACAAGAUGCCGGCAGUACGAGGGGAUGGAAUGCGCGGACUUGCCGUUUUUAUAUCCGACAUCAGAAAUUGUAAGAGCAAGGAGGCAGAAAUCAAGAGGAUAAAUAAGGAAUUGGCGAAUAUAAGAGGGAAGUUUAAGGGGGAUAAAACACUCGAUGGUUACCAGAAAAAGAAGUAUGUCUGCAAGCUUCUCUUCAUUUUCCUCUUGGGCCACGACAUCGAUUUUGGGCACAUGGAAGCCGUCAACCUCCUCUCAUCCAACAAAUACUCAGAGAAACAAAUUGGUUAUCUCUUCAUAUCAGUCUUAGUGAACACAAACAGUGAUCUCAUCAAGCUAAUAAUCCAGAGCAUCAAAAACGAUCUCGCUUCGCGAAAUCCGAUUCACGUGAACCUCGCUCUACAAUGUAUCGCAAAUAUUGGAAGCAAGGAUAUGGCAGAGGCAUUUGGAAACGAAAUUCCAAAGCUACUCGUGUCUGGCGAUACCAUGGAUGUUGUGAAACAGAGUGCAGCCCUGUGCCUUUUACGACUGCUACGAACUGCCCCAGACGUUGUUCCUGGUGGAGAGUGGACGUCUCGUAUAGUUCAUUUAUUAAACGAUCAACACCUAGGUGUCGUGACCGCUGCAGCCUCGCUGAUCGAUGCACUCGUCAAAAGAAAUCCGGACGAAUACAAAGGAUGCGUCAGUCUUGCCGUCUCCAGGCUCAGUCGGAUUGUAACAUCCAGUUACACGGAUCUGCAGGAUUACACCUACUACUUUGUCCCGGCACCUUGGCUGUCCGUAAAACUGUUGCGAUUGCUUCAGAAUUACACUCCGCCAGGUAAAUUCCUGACGUACACGGAAAAAAAUGCGGAAGAUCCGGGGGUUCGGGGUCGUCUGAACGAGUGUCUCGAGACGAUUUUAAAUAAAGCUCAGGAGCCACCAAAGUCGAAGAAAGUGCAGCAUGCAAACGCGAAAAAUGCUGUGCUGUUCGAGGCGAUUAGUUUAAUAAUUCACAACGACAGCGAGCCGCAUCUUCUGGUGCGAGCCUGCAACCAACUCGGCCAGUUUCUCUCAAAUCGGGAAACGAAUCUUCGUUAUCUAGCUCUAGAAUCCAUGUGCCAUCUUGCCACCUCGGAAUUGUCGCACGAGGCGGUCAAAAAGCACCAGGAGGUUGUUAUUCUCUCGAUGAAGAUGGAGAAGGAUGUCUCCGUCAGACAGCAAGCGGUCGAUCUUCUCUACGCGAUGUGCGACAAGAGCAAUGCCGAGGAAAUUGUCCAGGAGAUGCUCAAUUACCUCGAGACGGCGGAUUAUUCGAUUCGGGAGGAGAUGGUCCUGAAGGUGGCGAUUCUCGCCGAAAAAUACGCGACCGAUUACACUUGGUACGUCGACGUAAUUCUGAAUUUGAUCAGGAUAGCUGGGGAUUAUGUGUCCGAGGAAGUCUGGUACAGGGUCAUUCAAAUCGUCAUCAACAGGGACGAUGUUCAAGGAUAUGCGGCCAAAACUGUUUUUGAGGCUUUGCAAGCACCCGCGUGUCACGAAAAUAUGGUGAAAGUCGGAGGUUACAUCCUCGGCGAAUUCGGAAACCUCAUCGCAGGUGACCAGCGUUCCUCGCCACUGGUGCAAUUCCAACUCUUACAUUCCAAAUAUCACUUGUGUUCUUCAAUGACCCGAGCCCUUCUGCUCUCGACCUACAUAAAAUUCAUCAACCUCUUCCCCGAGAUCAGAACCCAGAUUCAGGACGUCUUCCGACAAGACAGCAAUCUUCGGAGUGCCGACGCGGAAUUGCAGCAGCGAACAUCCGAGUAUCUCCAGCUGAGCAUCAUCGCCUCGACCGACGUGCUGGCGACCGUGCUCGAGGAGAUGCCCGCUUUUCCGGAGCGGGAGUCCUCGAUUCUCGCCGUUUUGAAGAAGAAAAAGCCGGGCAGAGUGCCGGAAAAUGAGAUUCGCGAGAGCAAGAGUCCAGCGCCGGGCACAAAUCACCAUUCUGCCGAGGCGCCCUCAAUUGGUGGUGGUGGUGCUGUUGCUGCUGCCGCUGUUAAUAAUUCAUCGGCUGAUCUUCUGGGAUUGUCGACGCCGCCUGCCUCCCAGCCGACGAGCAAUACUGGCGUUCUCCUGGACGUUUUGGGAGAUAUUUACAAUAUGCCGAACAAGGCUGGCGCCACCAACGGCACCCAGAGCACCUAUAAUCCCAAAAAAUUCGUGUGUAAAAAUAAUGGCGUUCUUUUCGAGAACGACCUGAUCCAGAUCGGAGUGAAAUCCGAAUUUCGACAGAAUCUCGGACGCAUCGGAUUGUUUUACGGAAACAAAACGCAGUUUCCACUUCAAAAUUUUCAACCUCAGCUCUCUUGGUCGGAAGAAAGUCAGGCAAAACUUGCAGUACAGGUGAAAGUCGUUGAUCCUGUUUUAGAAGCAGGAGCACAAAUUCAGCAGAUGAUUAACGCCGAAUGCAUCGAUGAUUAUAAUGAUACACCGAGCAUGGUCAUCACUUUUGUCUACAAUAAUGUAAAUCAAAAAAUAACGAUGAAGCUGCCACUGACGAUUAACAAAUUUUUCGAGCCAACGGAAAUGAAUGGCGAAUCCUUCUUUGCCAGAUGGAAAAAUCUCGGAGGAGCCAAUCAGGAGCGUUCACAGAAGAUAUUUAAGGCCCAGACGCCGAUGGACCUGCAACAAGUUCGCACAAAAUUACAAGGAUUCGGGAUGCAACUUCUCGACGGAAUUGAUCCGAAUCCCGACAAUUUCGUUUGUGCUGGAAUUGUGCACAUGAGAGCGCAGCAAGUUGGCUGUUUGUUACGACUCGAGCCAAAUAAACAAGCACAGAUGUUCCGAUUGACGGUGCGUUCGAGCAAAGAAUCGAUGUCGGUGGAAAUCUGCGACCUGCUCGUGGACCAAUUUUAAGAAGCUGGCACUCUCUCCACUGAUUGGAAGAAAAAAAAGUGCGAGCGAAAAAUUCUUCUUCCUCGCUUAAGAAGUAAACUCAGUGUGUCCCAAUUUUUUUUAAUGUUUUUUUUUUGUUUUCGCUUAUCGCCUUCGACAGCGGAGCUUCGUUACCGAUUUUUGUGACAUCACACCGAAAGCGAAAAUUAUGCUUGACGCAAAUCACAAAUAGAAAGUAUAAUUGUGAACCGAGAAAAGUAAUAUAUGAAGAAAAAGAAAGGUUGACUAAGGAUGGACAGUAUUAGUCUCGGAAGUGGAAGAUUAAGGCUCUCAAAACGACUCGGGUUUUUGUCAAAUCCAUCAUUUGUCAACGAAAAUUUAUUUUUUUAUUUUAAUAUUUUAAAUGCAUAAUUUAGAAUCAAUUUUUUUCAGUCGAAACAUGCAAAUUUUUACGAAAAAAAAACACUCAAUUGAAGAAAAAACGAACUUUUUUCGAACAAAAAUUUUAUGUUCUGCAAGUUUAAAUGGCCUUUAGAUUGUGUGGUGGAAAUAUUACAAUAAAAAAUAUAUUUUACGAGCCUUAAUGCAACACUUCUUUAAAAAAAAAGUGGUUGAAAAGUGUCAAAAUGCCUGCUUUAAUCUAGGAAAUUUAAUUUCGUUCCUUCUUUUUUUUACAAAUUUUUUUUCGUAAAUUUGGUAGAAUUAACAUAUAAAUCGGAAUAUUAAAACGUAAUUUUCAAUCACUUUUUUUACGGUGAAGGUAACGAGGUAGGGAGUUUUUGUUUAGUUAAAAAAAAAAACUUAUCGCUUAUCAAUAAGUUGUUAAUACGUCAAUCUGAGGUGAGAAUCUUAAGAAUUUGCUCUUCAUUUUUCUGAAAAUUUGUAGACUGAAGCACGGAAAAUGUUUAAAAAAUUUAUAUUUUUGAUAUUUUUUUAGGGUUAUUUGAAGUCCUAAAUUUUGGUAUUUUCGAAAUUAAAAUUGUUUGAAAUUCGGUCGUUUUCGAAAUUAUAAUAUUUCCAAAUUCAGGUGCUUUUAGUUUUGGAAAUUUCGAGAUCUUCCUUGUUUUGAACUUUAAAUCAUCUGAAAUCACAUGCAUAUCUUUUUUUUUUUUGUUUUGACAACUUAGUUUGAUAGUGGGCCUAAAAUGUUGCGUAGAUUUUUG